UUUUUUGUUUUGUUAUUCUUUAAAUAGAUUGUAAAUGAUGGUAUUCUAAUCAUGUAUAAUAGAAAAACACAAAAAUUAUCUAUUUAAAUCAGAGACUAAUCACAUGCAAUAAAUAUCUAAUUGGUUCUUUGAAAAAUGUUUAAAGAGAUUGUUUGUGAAAUUGCAAGGAUUGUGUUGUAAUUUUUAGACUCCGCAUUUAUUCGUAUACUCAAUGUUUUUUUUAAAUUUAGAAAAAAUGUAUUCAAAUUAACUAUAAAUAAAUAUUCUUAUUUAUAUCUAUUUAAUAAAUGAAAAAUUAGAUUCGAAAACUAGUCCACUAAUUUUAAAUGAUACAUACCUAAUGCAAUCAAUGUCCAUUUAUUUUUCGAAUUUUUUGUUAUAAAGUUUUUUGAUAAAAGAAAAACAAUCAUGUGAUUAAAGUACCGAUGCUUUAAGCCUCUCAAACAUGAAAACAUAUAAUUGUGCAGUAUAAUAUGAUAAAAAAUGUCUUUGUCCGUAUUCAAUGAAUGUUAUAUCUUGACUUAACGUGAUAAGUAUUAUUAAUUAAAUUAAUCAAGUACUAGAUAAAGAAAAUUAUAUGUUAGAGAAAGUUUUCAUUGAAUAUGAAAAGAAAAUUUCUAGUAUAUAUUUUGUUCAAAAUAAAUCAGCUAAAAAAACGGAAAUACGAAAAAGAAACAAGAAAUCUCUAGUUAAUACUACAGAAUUCAAUUAGUUUAUGCGAAAAAAACAUUAAUCAAAGGACUUGAUAAUUGGAUUUCAAACGAAAUUAGUUUAAUACUAGAUAGAACAGUCUGACAUAGAAAUGCAUAUUGAGCUGACCUAGUGAAAACUAUCUCGAUUACAAUUGGAUUAUUCUGAAAAAAACACUUAUAACCGAUUAUGGAGAUUUUUAGUCUUUUUUAAUUGAUAAAAAUUUCCUAAAUUACUUAUAAUUUUGAUCUUUUUUUGCAUUAUAACUUAAUUAUAAUCGAAACAGUUCUCUUUUACUAGAUCAUGAUUAAUAAAAACAUGUGUUUUGCUUUUUUUAGCUCUUAGUGAUCUUCUUUUUAAUAUUGCAUUAAUUGUUCGUGGAAUUCAUGAUAUUAUGAAAGGAAAUUCUGAUCGUCUUUGUUUAAUAAUAUCAUUUAUUAGCCAUUUAGCCGAACUUUUAUCAGCAUGUUAUACUGUUUCAUUUACUAUUCAACGUUAUUCAGCUGUUCGUUAUCCAUUAAAAGCUGCUGCUCAUCGUCGUUCAUCACCAAUUACUUUUCUUUUGUUAAUAUUUAUAUUUAGUGCAAUAUUUUGUUUUACAUUGUCAGAAAGAAAUACUUAUGUAAAUUGCCAUGAAGAAUUAAAACUUAGCUGGUUUAUAGCUGAUGCUUUUAUUUCAUUUGUGAUUCCAUUUUCUAUUAUUUUAAUAUUUAAUAUACUUAUUGUAAAUUUUAUUCGUAAACAUUCACGUUCACCUGUUAGUAUACAAUCAACAUUAUUAAGAAAGAGAAGACAAUCAAGAAAUAAAGAUAAAACAUUUCAUCGAGAUGAUACAUUCGAUACAGAAAAUAAUACUUUAAAUGCUAAUGGUACAUAUAUUCAAACUGAUGAAAAUCAAAAUGUAGAAAUAAAAUAUAAAAAAGAAGAUCAAUUACCAUCAUUCGAAAUGAAACAUCAACUAAAACGAUCAUCAAUCUCAUUGGUAAAUAUUUAUCAAUUAUAA